CACGCGACCUUCCAUACACUGCCUCCAUUUUAUUUACCCAGAUAAAAGUUACGUGUGUACGCACGUAAAAUUUUGUGACAGGGGAAAUUCACCUUUUUCAUAACAGUGCCUCAAAACGUAUCAUUUGGAGCAGCCUGGUGCAGGUUCUCGAAAAAGUUUGGAAGUGAACGAACUCGCUGUUGUAAAAUUUAUCUUUUGAAUCAUUGUUCCAAUGGAUCGUUGUCAAUUCUUAAUACUAUCAAGCUUUAACCCGGUCUUAUCUAUUACAUGCAGCAGUUAAAUCUUAUGGUCAACCAAAGGGUAUUAGGAUUUACGCUUGUGUGCUUCUUCCGUUGUACAUCUCUGUGCCAGUGGUAAGAGAAGACAGACACUUAGAUAUUUUCAAAACAUUUUGCCAGUUUGCUUCUCCUUAAAAAUCUUGUUUGCUUCUGUUUUUCUUUCAGGUGUUAUCCACAAAUGCGGUUUAUUGGCUGUUAAUUUUGUUGUGCUUGAGUCACUCUAAAAUCUCACUUCCGGAGGCAUUGCCGUCCGGAGCUCUUCCGAAGGGUGGUCGUUGGGAGACGAGUGGUUCCGACGAAGAGUCGGAAAUUGAGCAGGAUUAUGUCUCACCAGAGGAUAGAGUAUACAAGAGACUGAUGACUGGCAGGCUUAUAGGUAGAAGUUUACAGAAGAGAACUUCAGCGUAUGUGAAAAGAGGAAGAUUAUUCAAUAGAAAUGGUUAUGCUUUGUCAAUAAACCCAGAUGGAACAGUAGAUGGAACGACAAACAAGAAUUCUCGUUUUGGUAAGGUUUUAUUCUGCUUGGAUUAGCACUGGCAAAUACUCAGAAUAUAGUGCGGUGGAACAGGCAUAUAACAACUACCCGUGGUAGUUUAGCAACUUGCUGCUUAUAAGACUGUAUAACAAUUACGACAGACAACAACAACAACGUUUUAAUUUAAGAAUUUCACUAAAGUAAAAGAUUAGACUAAUCCGCCGGUAGCAAUUGCCAUUCUAGGAGAACAGAAAAACAACUCAAGGUUAACAGAUAUUACUACAAACGUGAACACGGAGUUAACGAAAAGAUAACUCUAGAGCGGUUUGAGGGGAAAACAGUUGAAGCUUGUAAGACUUUAUUAACUCCUUAGCUAGUCCAACCCUCUGUAUUGUGAUUUGUGUUUCGAUGUAGUCCUAUUUAUUUACCAAGAUAUGUAGGACGAAUUUCUCUCGCCCAUCAUGCCCGCUCACGUAGUCAAUCAGAACCGCGGGAGGAUUCGCUGCAUCUUGCUUCUGCUGAAAGCAGGUUUAUAAACUGAGGCUAAUACCAAGAAUCAGUAAAUUAGAAAUAACUGAUAUACGAAUGUUUAAAACUAACAUAUUAACUACAUAUUUUGUGCGUUGAUACUAACAUAGACUUUCUAAAAGUCUCGCUGUACGACCUCAUGCAUUGAAGCUCGCUUCGCUCACUUUCUGUAAGAACUUAUGAGGGGUCGACUUGUAGUAAGUCUAAUACUAAUAACCCUUGUUGUUUGAAAUCUACAGCACAGCUAGAAUUUCAUUCCGUCUCGGCUGGCCUACUGAUGAUAUUAGGAGUAACAAGUCAAAGAUAUUUAGCAAUAUGCGACAAUGGCCACCUUUGCGGAAGUGUAAGUAAAGCAAUAUUGUUUAAAUUCAACUGAUUAUUCUACCAAUAUCGUAAAAUGCCGAAAAUAAGCCCCUCCAUGUAUAAGCCCCUCUGAAUAUAAGCCCCCCAACCGGUAACGCAAAAAACCCUCCGUUAAAUCGCCCCUCCAAAUAUAAGCCCCCCGGGGGCUUGUACUUGGAAAAUUGCCCUCAAAUACAGACACCGGACACCUACAGUUGGUCUCUUCAUUUCUUUACUCCCUUUAUUUGACUCUCUAUAAGACAGACACCUCUGUAAAAUGGACACCUAGAGUUGGUCCCUGCCUUUCUUUACUGCCUUUAUUUGACUCUCUAUAAGACGGACACCUCUGUAAAACGGACACCUAGAGUUGGUCCCUGCCUUUCUUUACUCCCUUUAUUUGACUCUCUAUAAGACAGACAUCUCUGUAAAAAGACACCUAGAGUUGGUCCCUGCCUUUCUUUACUGCCUUUAUUUGACUCUCUAUAAGACAGACACCUCUGUAAAACGGACAUCUAGAGUUGGUUCCUGCCUUUAUUUGACACUCUAUAAGACAGACACCUCUGUAAAAGGGGCACCUAGAGUUGGUUCCUGCCCUUCUUUACUGCCUUUAUUUGACUCUAUACGAGGGAUAUCUCUCCAAGAUGGACACUAAGUACAGGUCCAAUAGGUAUCCGUCUUAAAGAGACUAGACUGUAUUUACGAAUCAGUCGCCGCCAUUACCAACAGAAGACGUUUUUAACGCCGGGUGAUAUAAACACUAUGUUAAAAUAAAUUUCAUUUUGAUUCCAUUUGUGAACUGGUAAUUAUAGGAUCCUUGAGUGCAUAACAAAAUAAAUAAUCUUCCGGAGAGUGUCAGAAAGUACGAAUGCCGGAACUCUACCAACUGUUACUAGUGUUAGCUAUCCACCUCAUCUUAAACGGGGCGGUGACGUCAUGGCUGCCUGGUUCAUUUUGUAAAUGGUGCCAAUCACGCAUCCUUAAUUGCUGUGAUACUUGAGAAAUUUCUUGUGAAUGCCGCAAUUACAGUUUUGCGUCAAUCAAAUAUGUCUUCCAAGCACUAUAUCCAUAUCAACAACAAAAAUUAUAUCAAACGUUUCAAACAACAAACUAAACUUUCAUGAAAACUGUUAGGCUAACAAGUCUUCUUGAACCAAGAUGUGGUUCAAUCUUCUUCAAGUUUUUUUUCCGUCCCACUGUUUGAAUUUUCACAGAUUUCUUGACAGAACUCAUGGAAAUAAUUCCUUACUUUCUUUAUCUUUCUAGGAAGAUCCAUCGUCCAACACUAUCUUCCACGAAAUUCAUGAACAGAACAUGUUUCACUCUUAUGUAUCCCACAAACACAAGAAUUGGUUGGUUGGAAUCAAGAGGAAUGGAAAGGCAAAAAAGGCAACCCUUACAAGACCAGGUCAAAAGUCGGUCCAAUUUUUGAUUACGUACACUUAAGCCCCGUUAAUGUGGAAGGAUGGUAAUUCUCCUAGAUUGCUAUUUUUUUCUCGGUGCUAUGUUUCCCCGUUUCGUUUGCCGUGAUUAUCUCGGGUACGGUUACCUUUUGUGUUUGAUAGGAAAAUCCUUUUAAAAGGAUCAAAUUUUAGCCUGUUGUUAUUCCUCUAAGAGGGACAAGUUUGGUGGUUAUUUCUUCGCGAAGAUAUAAAUAAAAAGUGCAGUCGUUCAAAUUUGCGAAAGCGCCUUGUGUCUUGAUGAUCCUCAAGAGAUACUUUCCAGAAUUUGUGCCAAAAGUAUCAUCGGUAAAAAUGGCUUCGCGUUCGGACAAGCCGCGGGGAGCGGACUAUGUAUUUUAGAAACCUCGCUUGGCUUAUGUUGACCUUUCUAGCGGUGUUACCUUCCUUCCACAAGAUAUUUAAAAAUAUUGAUCAGUA